AUGAAGUGCAUUAUAGCUCACAUGUACCCGCCCAACGCCCACGGCGGAUCAUCACCCAGGCCUCCUAUCAUUGUGGCCUUCGACGAGUGCGUCGAACUCAACAUCGAAAAAAACCCAGAUAUCAAUCAGCUCAACAGCCUCCGCCGCGCAUGGAAUUGGAUCAAUACCCAACAAGCCAGCGCCAAGACCACGACGUUCUGGCUUGUGUUGAUCAGUACCAGCAGCAGUGCGGCCGAUUUUGUCAAGCAUGCCCACCGUAACGUGUUAUCAUUGGCACUGCCCAUUUUCAUCGGCGUUAGUUUUGACGUGCUGCUUUCACAGCAACCCAGCCUUUCUUGCGCCUCGCAAGCUUCUGCGGACUCUCACAUCAUUUACUACGGACGACCGCUGUGGAAGACAUUCAAUUCUGGAAGCCUCUGGGUGAUGGCCAACCACAAAUUGAUGGGUGGCGAAGACUUUGCCAUCCGCAAGACCGCCCACUGCUUCAGCAUCUUGGCGUCUCGUCUCGCGCUAAGCCUUUCGCCGACUGAAUCGCCAAACUCGGAACUCUUUGCAAGACAGAAGCAAUUCGUCGACAGCACAGUAGAUCGCCACAUGCGCAUUGUCACGCAUGUUACCAGCGAGGGUGUCAUGCACGUUGAAUCUCCAUCAGAGCCUGUGCUAGCCAUCGCUGCUUCCAAUAUCAUGCUGGCUCCCUACCUCCAGUCAGCUGAGAAAGCGAGAGGCUACACGUACGCAGACAUCCUCAAGAAAUUUCAGCAAGAAUGCUUGCUCAACCCCGAUGUUGCCUUGCUGAAGGGCAGUUUCGGUGAACUUGCCUCGCGGAUCAUCUUGAUGGUCUGCUUGCGACGCCGCUGA